UAGUUCACCAGAUAGAAGAAAAAAAGUUGGUUAGUUUUUUUCUUUUUUGAGAAAAAAAAGGUUGGUUAGUUAAUCAACUCGAGAGAGAGAGAGAGAGAUAUGAGCCAGUGUGCUGUGACUGCGGGCGGCGUGCACUAGACUACAAAGCUUCGGGCCUGGGGGACGAGGGAACUCGCUUCCGACACUUGUUUGCCCAGCUAGCAGCUCCUCCCCGGCCAAGACACUCCUCGCCACCAUGGGCGACGGCGGCGCCUCCCACCCCACCCGACGCUGCAACGGCGAGGACCGCAUCAGCGCCCUCCACGACGACCUCCUCGGCCGCAUCAUCACCCGCCUACCCUUCACGGAGGCCGCCCGCACCGCCGCCUUCGCCACCCGCUGGCGCAACGUCUGGCGCUCCGCCCCGCUCGUCCUCCGCGACACCGACGCCCGCGUCCCCGAGGCCACGCGCGUCGCCACCGUCGCCAGGGCCCUCGCCGACCACCCGGGGCCCUUCCGCACCGUCAGCCUCUUCCGCUGCACGGCCCCCUCCCUGGACCUCGAGCUCCCCGAGUGGCCGCGCAUCCUCGCCGCCAAGGGCACCGAGAACCUCGCCUUCCAGAACAAGCAAACCCAGCCCUGGACCACCUUGCCGCCCCUCCCCGCCGACAUCCUCCGCUGCCGCUCGCUCCAGGGCCUCUCGCUGGCCUACUGGAAGAUCCCCGACGACCUCCCGCUCGCCGCCGACGCCUUCCCCGAACUCCGGAGGCUCGGCCUGCUAUGGACCGACACGAGCGACCAGUACAUCCACCGCUUGCUCGCUGCCAGCCCCGUUCUCGAGUACCUCGGGCUCGUCCUCAAGGGCAAGCCCGAGCGCGUCCAUGUCCGCAGCCAAAGCCUCCGGUGCCUGCUCCUUGGGCUGUGCAAUGUGGAGGAGGUCACCGUGGUGGACGCCCCGCUCUUGGAGCGCGUCAUCUUCUUCAAGCCGCCUUACGGUGGAACCGAUUGCGUGAGGUUCAAGAUUUCUUCCGCGCCCAAGCUGCGGGUGAUCGGCUACCUGCAGCCAAGAAUCCACGAGCUGCAGAUCGGUGACACCAUCAUCAAACCUGACACAAUGGCGAGCCCAGGCACCGUGGUUCCUAGCGUCCAGAUAUUGGCCAUCAAGGUCAACUUUGGUGUCUUCUCGGAGGUGAAGAUGCUGCCCAGCUUCCUAAGGUGCUUCCCCAACGUUGGCACGCUGCACAUCGAGUCUGUACCGCAUGAUGCAUCGUCAGUAACCGCUGAUGAACCCACUGGAGAGCACCAUGCUAAGUUCUGGCACGAGGCCAGUCCAGUCGAAAGCUUGAGAUUACGCGUGAGGAAGUUGUUCAUCCACAAAUUCCGAGGGGACCAAAACGAGUUCGAGUUCCUCAAGUACGCGGCCAUGAACGCGCGGGAGCUGCAAGCUUUGCUGGUCGUGUCGCCCGACGAAAAAUCUGCUUUAGCACUGGCACACAAGGUGAAUGAGAUGGCAACCAAAUUGGAUCGUCCACUGUUUCAGCCAUGGACUGCUAGAGGAUUGGUGGACUCGCGCAGACUGCGGAAUGUUUCCAACUCUGCUAAAGUACCCUUUCUCAAUGUGGAUGACCCUUUUCGCUAGUGAAACCAUGGUUGGCUAUAUAUGUGUUUUCAUGCAUCAUCCCAACUUCUUUGGGAAUCAUUUACUGUAAUCUACUUCAAGAUCAGACGCUUUAGUUUAUAUAUGAGGUGUGUGUCCUCCUAAGACAUGGCAAGUUUCAACUUACCAUGAGUAUACUAUUAAUAAAGCCUUGGAUUUAUUUGAGUAGAAGAUUUUCAACUAUACAAG